AUGGUAGGCGCAGGCACAUUGCUAUGUGUGCUGGGCAUCCUGAGCCACUGCCUCGCUUUGAGACGACUUCCUCAUCUCCCCGAACAGAGAAGUACAGGAACUGUGACUGACGGGACUUUGGAGGUCGUUCAAGCAGCCACGCCGCCUCGAAGCAGCUUCGAUGGAUACAACUGCAAGCAGACAAUAAUCGAACAUGACUUUGCGAACAGCUACGGCAAACCCUACGUGGGAUUCUACUACCCGCCUCCCGAAAACUGCACGUUUACCACGACCAUCUUCAACCUUUCUGUGGUAUCAAAAGGCAGGCAGUAUGAUCGUCUGGCCCAGCUCUUCUUCGGCGAUGUGGAGAUAUGGCGCACAUCCACUGCCAUGCCCACUGAGACGGGUAUCCAUUGGAGUUUUCAGAAGGACAUGACCGCGUUCGACACGCUUUUGAGGAAGGUGCAGAAGGUUGUUUUCGAUCUUGGCAAUGUGGUUGAUGGCGAUCUCUACACCGGAAUCUACAACCUCACUUUGGAAGCUAUGUACUUCAACGACGAGUACAGCGAAGGCCUCAACCCUGCUGAUCUCAUCGUACCGAUAUCGAAUCUCUCAUCAGCUGAGAACUCAUCGUCCGUCUUCUCACUGCCAGAUGACAGUGGCGCAGUGACGGUCACUCUUCCCCGCAACAUCAAGACAGCAGUCGUGUCCCUCAUGGCUAGCGGAAAUUCAGCAGAGGAAUUCUGGUACACAAACGUGCCAAGCGAGUACGUCGAAACAUUUCCGAGCAACGAAGGCUGGCUCUAUGGCUACAGUCCGUUUCGCGAGGUACAGCUGUUGAUCGAUGACCGCCUCGCCGGCGUGUCUUGGCCAUUUCCGAUUCUCUUCACGGGUGGCGUUGAUCCAGGUCUGUGGCGACCAGUAGUCGGCAUAGACACGUAUGAGCUCCCAUCCUUCGAGAUUGAUACGACGCCUUUCCUGUCCCUGCUCUGCGAUGGGGCAGAGCACACGUUCAAGAUUCAGGUAGUGGGCUUCGACAGCAACUCUCCCGGUCAAAUCGCCACAGUCGGGCAGAACUGGUGGGUGACCGGGACGGUUUUCGUGUGGCUAGACGACAGCGUGAACCAGACCGUCGCAGGCACCAUCACCAGCGAAGUCUCAUCGCCCGUCUUUGACUACCUCCCGCAACUGAGCACGUCAGUCUCAGCGAAUGGUACGGCGACAAAUGAGUCCUUGUGGGUGUCCCUCAGCGCCCAUCGAACGAUAUCCAUCUCCUCAACCAUCACUUCCGCCAACGAGACCAGAGCCGUCAGCUGGACGCAGGAACUGCACUACUCGAACGUGCAGAACAUGACCAAUCCGGCCUACAACCAGUCUCUCACCAUGACUAGCUCGGGCACGUUCGAGGGAUCCUUCUCAGGUGGGGUGGAAUCUAGCUAUUCCUACCCGCUCAACCUGUACAGCGCGUACGUGAUAUCUGAGGAUGCCAACGUGCUGUCCUCGGUGUUCUGCAUGAUUGAUCGCAGCCUGCUGGCCAACGCCACCUCCGCGCUACCAGCUCUGACGGGCACGCUGCUCGGGCCGGAGAGCCUGGCUACGAGGCAGAACGUGACGUCUUUCUACGCCUGGAAUGAGACGAUCGUGGAGGGUGUUGAGGCUUUGGAUACUUGUGAUGGGGAGACGUGGUACUCGUUUUCGGGCUGCCCGGGGAGUGAAGCUGGCGUGCCCGAGUACUCGAGGUAUCUGAGGGAGGUGGACGACACCCUGGUGGCUGAUGUAGUCAAGCCAAACACGAUCAGCGUACCAGCCACGGAGCCACUCCUAUUGGUGGAAGGGGAGCCGCACGUUUACAACAAUUAA